AUGGGCAUGCUUCUACGGCCUCCCCCACCUGAUCCCCUCCGAAUACGCCUCGCGCACGCCUUGGGCUUCCCGAAUUACCCCAACGAUGACACCGUCGAACCGUACAUCAACUAUCUUCUGAACCAGCACGAUGCUCGUGGUACUCCAGAAUACGAAGAUCUCCUCAUAACCAUAGUACAAUACUUCCAUGGCCCUCAGCCCCUUGGGUCAAUGAAGAGGAGCAUUGAAGGGCUGCUACACUCGCUAUCCAACCACCCGAACACACAAUGGCACGAAGAGGACACGGUGGUGCGCGCUAUUGGCAGCUGCACACUGUUACUGAGCUCGUUCACCGAUCUACCAACGGUAGCCGGUAAGCUCCGAAUGGUGACGGCAAGCUACAAUCUGCGCAUGCACGGAAGCUUGCUGGGGGGCCAGCCAUACUUCGAGAGCUUGGCAGAAUUGGUAGCGGGCAGCGGUUUGCUACCAGCGCCUGUUGCAUUCGCCUCUGUGGUGACCAUGGCAGAUUUAGAGUCCUUGGAGUCGCUCUUUGUUGACGCCACCCACCUCAACGCGUACAGAUUGACUGUGUUCGGAGCAGUGGAAAUCACCUGGACUCAUAACAUCUCCCGGCACCUCCUGCUAUCGAACCGCAACGGACGUCGCAUACUUGAGAUCUUCGCGCUACCAUGCGCGUUAGAUGCCGCUCCUCUUAGGAUGGUCGGUGUUGGUAAUGAGCUGGCGCAAGAGGUCAUGGAGUCAUACAGCUUGCUAUUCAACGCCUGGCCCUCAUUGGGUCCUCAUGCUAAGCUUGGUUUAUGGGUUCGCUACGGACGCCGAGACAUCCGCUUAUUACCUGUACAUUUGCUGGGACAGGAGUCGACGAUCAAACAUUCAUGGCCGCUGCCCGUCCCCGAUCUCGAUAUCACGCAAGACACCGAUGGCUCGCUCUUCCAGACAGCGUCCCAUCUGCCAUCAGAGCUCCACGUCAUGCUUGAUGAUCACAUAAUUGCCGGGCAAGAUCCGCUAUACGCUCUCGCACCUAUACUCUUGUUUGCAGCCGCCUCGGAGAUUCAGCUACUAUCGACACUUCAAAAAUGGUACGACAUAAUCGCAUCGACGAAAUGGGAUCGGAAGUACUCGACCGAGCAUCUGGAACAACUCAUAAUGCACAAACACCUCCUGGAUGAUCACGCCAGCCGACACGAAGAGGUUCUACGAUUCAUCAGCUCGCCAAAGCUGGCUAAAUGGGCGGUCAACCUCACACAAGACCAGAGCAAUGUAGCUCAGGAAGCCAAAGACGCAGUAAAGGCUGACUACGAGUUCCUCCGAUCGCGAUGCCGCCAGCUGUCGCUACACUACCAGGAAGCGAUAUCGAUCCUGGUCAGCGCCACUUCACUUGCAGAAUCGCAGAAACAGAUCACGCUUGCUACCCAAGUCACGAAGCUCACUAUACUUGCGACGAUCUUUCUUCCACUUUCGUACUGCACUUCGAUAUUCGGCAUGAACUUUGUUGAGCUGGAGGAGUUGAAUAUAUGGAUCUGGGUAGUCGUCACGGUGUGCGUUGGACUUGCAACUCUUACUAUUUAUCAGUGGGAUGAGAGGCAAAUACUGUGGGAUUUCUGGGCUACGGUGAAGGCUAAAAUUCGACUGGCUAGCUGGCAACGCAAUGCAUCCACGGCAGUAUAA